AUGGAAAAGAAAGAUGUUUUUGGGUGGGAGAAAGAUCCGUUGUAUUUAUGGAAGGUUGCCCUCUCUUUCCAUUUUGAAUUCCUAAGCUCCAACAAAAAUUCGACAACUUGUUACGGUGGGUUGUGGAAGAUUAUAGCAUGGGAGGGGUCCACUAAGGGCAUGAGGAAAGAAUACAAAAACAGGAUGAAAAAGUAUGAAAUGUUGAUUGGUGUUUUGGAGUAG